UUUCUUACUUCAUUCCUUCUCCCAAAGCACCUCUCUCUGAACAAGUCCUCUUCUGGAGGGCUGUGGUUCUCUCCGUUUCCCUUUCCUAUCGUCCAUAUUUGCCCUUGAUACCCCUUAUUUCCUUUCGUCCCAGCUUCUCACACUACCAUGGAUCAACAAAAGCUUGCGAGCCUCCUGAAGGAGAGCCAAGUUCCCGACACACAGAGAAUCAAGGCAAUCACCGCGGAAUUGCAGAAGAACUUCUAUGUCCAUCCUGAAUCCCUCCUUGCCCUGAUCGAGAUCAUCGCGACCCAUGGCGACCUCGGCGUCCGACAGCAGGCAGCUAUCCAGGCUGCCCGGCUGGUGGACAAGCACUGGAAGGUCAUUCCCGCAGAGCAGAAGGGUGCCGUUCGGCAGCAUCUGGUCCAGGCCACCUUGAAGGAGCAGAACCCGAGGUGUCGACACGCAGAGUCCCGUGUCAUCGCCUCCAUCGCCAACCUUGACUUCGAAGAUGGGGAAUGGCUUGAUCUUCUCCCUUCCCUCUUCACCCUUGCCCACAACAGCGAUGUCGGUCAGCGCGAGGUGGGCAUGUACAUCAUCUUCAGCAUAUUGGAGGAGAACCCAACCCAUUUCAUGGAGCAUCUCUCGAAGCUCUUCGAGCUCUUCAGCCACACUAUCCGCGAUCCCGCCAGUGCAGAUGUCCGGAUCAAUACCAUGAUGUCUGUCGGCGCCAUUCUCAUGCUCGUCGAGCCCGAGGAGGACGAGCAGUCUGUAAAUUCCCUACAGGCGCUGAUCCCCCUCAUGGUUGAGGUGCUCAAGGACGCAGUCCAGCAGGGCGACGACGAGAAGACCAAGCAGGCAUUCGAGGUCUUCCAGCAGUUCCUUGCCUACGAGUCGGCAUUGAUUGGGGGCUUCCUGAAGGAUCUUGUCCAGUUCAUGCUCGAUCUCGCGUCGAACACUGACGCUGAUGAGGACGUCCGCUCGCAGGCGCUCUCCUUCCUGGCCCAGACGGUGCGAUACCGCCGGAUGAAGGUCCAGGGGAUGCGGGACAUGGGCUCCCAGCUGACCCUGAAGAGCAUGGUGAUCCUGACCGAGAUCGAUGACGACGAGGAUGAGGAAGAGAUGAACCCUGCCAGGCUGGCCCUUGCAUUGCUUGACCAGCUUGCCAGCGACCUGCCGCCUCGCCAGGUCAUCGUCCCCCUGCUCGACGCCUUCCCCAAGUUCUCCACCUCGGAGCAGGCCGGCUAUCGGAAGGCGGGUAUCCUCGCACUAGGCACAUGCGUCGAAGGAGCUCCCGAUUUCGUCGCGUCUCAGCUCAAGUCGGUGAUGCCCCACCUCAUCAGCCUCCUCAACGAUGCCGACGCCGGUGUCCGACACACAGCCUUGGUCGGUCUCGCAAGGCUUGCAGAAGACGUCGCCGAGGAGCUUGCUUCGGAGCACGAGGCCCUGAUGACUGCGCUAGUGAAGAAUCUCCAGGCUGCCAUUUCCACUGCCUCGGAUCCCCAGCAGGCCAAGAAGAGCACCGGCAUUAUCCGCUCCGUAUGCGGCGCCCUUGAUGCCAUGUCUGAGGGCCUCCCAGCCGAUGUCAUGAAGCAGUAUGCGGGCGAGUUGGUCGGCAACAUUGGGGCGCUAGUAGACCAUGAGGACUUCAAGGUCAAGAUCGCCGCAUCCGGCGCACUGGGCGCCAUCGCCAGCUCGCUCGGGGAAGAGUUCAAGCCGUACUUUGAGCAGACAAUGCGGGCGCUUGGAAACCACCUCUUGGUCAAAGACUCGGAGGAAGACCUCUCUCUGCGCAGUGGCGUUUGCGACUCAAUGGGACGCAUUGCCACGGCUGUCGGGGCAGAGAUGUUCCAGCCGUAUGUAAUGGAGCUCAUGAAGGCCAGCGAGGAGGGCCUCAAGCUUGACAACUCGAGACUCCGGGAGAGCAGUUUCAUCCUGUGGAGCUCGCUUUCCAAGGUCUACGAGGCCCAGUUCGCCCCCUUCCUCCCGGGCGUCUUCACCGGCCUAUUCGACAGCCUCGAGCUGGAGGAGGAGGAGGUCACUCUCCAGCUGACCGAGGAAGAAAAGGCCAUUAUUGGAACCCAGGAUGAGCUCAUCACCGCCGGAAAGAGGAUCAAGGUGCGGCAGACGGAUGACGUGGAUGACAACGUGAUGGACGACGAAGACGAAGACGACUGGGAGGAUGCCGGUGUUUCUACCGAGGCCCUCGAAAAGGAGGUCGCCAUCGAGGUUCUGGGAGACGUCAUCACCCAUGCCUGUGGUGCUGCCGAGGUCUCGGAAUACCUCGAGAAGGCUGUGGAAAAGAUUGCGCCCCUCGCCGAGCACUCGUACGAAGGCUGCCGCAAGGCCGCCAUCUGCACCCUGUGGCGCGCGUAUGCCCGUGUCUGGCAGCUCAUGGAGCAGGAGACGGGUGUCAGCUGGGAGCCAGGAUUCCCACCCAAGCAGGCACCGACCCCUGCCCUUCUCACGCUUGGAGAGAUCGUCUCGAGUGCCACCCUGCAGCUCUGGUCGGAGGAAGGUGAACGUGCUGUCGUGACCGAGGUCAACCGGAAUGUCGCCGCUACUCUGAAGGCUUGUGGUCCCGCUAUCCUGGCCCAGCAGGACAUGCUCACACAAGUGGUUACCGUUCUCGGCACCAUCAUCACCCGGUCGCACCCUUGCCAGCAGGAUCUCGGCGACGACGGCGAAGAACAAGAGGUGGAAGGCUCGUCAGAGUAUGACUGGCUCGUUAUUGACACGGCACUGGACGUGGUCAUCGGCCUCGCGGCAGCCCUCGGCCCGUCGUUCGGCGAACUUUGGAAGGUCUUUGAGAAGCCCAUCAUGAAGUUCGGAAUUUCCAACGAGGACAUUGAGCGGUCCACUGGUGUUGGUGUUAUCGCCGAGUGUGCUGCCAAUAUGGGAUCGGCGGUGACCCCCUACACGUCGACCCUCUUGGCCCUGCUCCUGAAGCGCCUGUCGGACACUGACAUGGAGACCAAGAGCAACGCCGCCUAUGCCGCUGGCCAGUUGAUUAUCAACUCGACAGACAGCAAGGCAUACCUGCCCCAGUACGAGACCAUCCUCCGAAAGUUGGAGCCUAUGUUGCAGAUCCAGGGUUCCCGGAUCAAGGACAACGCGGCCGGGUGCCUCUCCAGGAUGAUCAUGGCCCACCCCGAGCAUGUGCCGCUCGGUGAAGUCUUGCCAGCCAUGGUAGAUCUACUGCCGCUCAAGGAUGACUAUGAGGAAAAUGCUCCGGUGUACGAAUGCAUCUACAAACUCUAUGAUUCAAACGAGCCGACGAUCCAGCAACUCACUCCCAAGCUGAUUCCCGUCUUUGAACAGGUCUUGGGGCCACCGGAGGAGCAAAUAGAGGACGAGACUCGUCAACUCCUCUACCAGGCUGUGCGCGUUCUCUCCAAGGCACAUCCUGAGCUGUUCAACGGCCACGAGGCUCUCCUCAAGUACGCCGGCAUCCUGUAGAUACCCCAUCGACCAACGCGUCGAAACAUGAAAAAAAAAAAAAAAGGAGCUGGGAUGAUGCACUUGACGAGAAUGAGGGAUGAUUGACGCAUGUGAAGAACUUACAAAGGGGGAGGGGGCUAAUGAUUUGAAUGCAUCGUCGGCGGAUUUCACCCAAAAAAAAAUACCAUAGAUAGACUUCUGUUAGUUCAAACCGUGGCACGAGUAAACAAACUCGUUUCAGCUCGGGGUCUGCCCUCGCAGAUUCUAUACCGAGAUUAGAUCACAGUUCCUAAUAGUAAUUGAGAA